AUGGACUCCUCGGCCAUGCAUGAUGAAGAUGAUGGAAGUUCAGCUAGCAGUGAUGAGGAAGGCUAUCAGGAUGAAAGUAUAGCCCAGACAAGUAUGGAGGUUGAGGUCUCAAGAACAACUCUGGACACAAUCAGUAAUGAGUCAGUGAAGGGCAAGGCAAAACACAAAAAAUACAGAUGGAGAAAAAUACAAUAUCAAGCUCCAUCUGUCGAUUUCAUUCCAAGUGUUGAGGAAGACACAGAGCAAAGGUGUGACAUGACACCAUACAUGUACUUCAAACAGUUUGUUACUGAUGAAAUGCUACAGGAAAUUGCUGAACAAACAAACAUGUACAGUGUACAGAAGCAGGGCAAGUCAAUAAACACAAAUGCCAAAGAGAUUGAGCAGGUUCUAGGCAUGUACAUGCAUAUGGGGCUAGUACAAAUGCCCAGUGUGAGAGCCUACUGGGAGAUGGAAACAAAGCUCCCCGCAGUUUGUGAUGUGAUAUCUCGAGAUCGGUUUCUGAAAUUGCUGACACUGAUUCACUUUCAGGACAACCUCAGUGCAUCUGAUGAUGCAAAGAAAGACAAAUUGUGGAAGCUCAGGCCAUGGUUACAAAAACUGCAAAAACAGUUUCUCUGCAUUCCUCCUGAAGAAUGCCAUGCAGUUGAUAAAAUUAUGGUACCAUUUAAGGGAAAGUCUCAUCUACGUGUCUACAUGCCUGCAAACCCUCACAAAUGGGGUUUCAAAAUGUGGGGACGAGCUGGACAGAGUGGCUUUCUUUAUGACUUUGAUAUUUGUCAAGGUGCAGAAAACCCAAACAGAGAGAAGUCUGAAGUUGGUGUUACUGGAGAAAUUGUGCUGAAAAUGACAUCAACACUUCCUGCAGGAAGAAAUCACAAAGUCUUUGCGGACUACUUUACAUCAGUUCCUCUGGUCCAACAUCUAAAAGACAGAGGAAUCCACUACAUCGGCACAAUCCGCAUGAACAGGAUGAAAGACUGCGUCAUGAAAGAUGAAAAAGAAAUGAAGAAAAGUGGAAGAGGGUCAAUGGACUUCAGAGUGAAUCAAGACAACAACAUCAUUGUGAGAUGGUAUGACAACAAAGCAGUGAACCUGAUUUCCUCUUAUGUCGGCAUUGAACCUGUGGGAAACGUGAAACGCUGGGAUCGCAAGUCCAAAACUCAUGUGAUGGUUCCCAGACCAGCCAUUGUUGAAACAUAUAACAAGUUCAUGGGAGGUGUUGAUCUCCUUGACAUGCUGUCUGCACUUUACAAGUUCAGCUUCAGAUCCCGCAGAUGGUACAUGUACAUCUGGUGGCACACUGUUACUGUAGCAGUCAUCAACGCUUGGAACCUCUACAGAAGAGAUCAAAAGAAGCUACAACCUAAAAUGAAACCAAUGGCUUUGCGAAGAUUUCAGGCUUUGGUUGGCACUUCUCUCACAACCGCAGGAAAGGUCAAAAUCAGGUGUGGCAGACCACUGUCCUUUUCAGAAGCAACUCCAACACCACCCCGUAAAAGGCCAAGCUGCAGUGUCCCUCUUGAUGUGAGAAAGGAUGGCACUGAUCAUUUUCCAACAUGGGAAACCCGGCAGAGAUCCAAGCACUGCACUGGAAAUCACUUUUCACAUGUGUACUGUGCAAAGUGUAAGGAACAUCUGUGCCUGAACAAGGACAGAAACUGUUUUUGUGCCUACCACCAAGUGAAAUAA